AUGUCGUCCAAUCUUAAUGAUGACAGAAGGCAGCAACAUAGUGCUGAUUUACAAAAACAACGAAAUAGUGGUAGAGAUGAGGUCGAAGAUGAUAUCAACAUUAUUUGUAAUGUCCAAACCGAGAGAGAAUUCAUAUAUUGCAAUUUCCUUGGACAACUGCUCCGAAUUGGUACUCUAGAGGCUCUACAUGGACAGAAAAAGCUAAAACGUCGUGUUGUUUUGUACUCCCGAACAAUCAGGCUGAGCAAAAAAAACAAAAAUAAUUCCUCUCUGUAUCAAGUGUCAGCUAGUGAUGAAUUCACUGAAUCAUUGAGCAAAAAUCUACUUAUAAUAGUUGAAAAUCUGAAUGAAUCAGAUUGUUCUUGUGUUACUACUUCUUUUUAA